UAAAAACACUUACUCCGUAUUUGCCGGCUAUUUCUUCGACUGUCGGCGGGAUAAUCAUGCCGGAAGUAGUGCCGACUGCAUUCAUGAUACCGUAAAGGAAACCGGCAAAAUUUGGUGCAAGAUCCUGGUUGUUGGAUAGAUUCGAGAUAAGAGCAGCGCCGUUGAAACCCAACGCAAAGAACAGAAAGACAUUUGCAAGCACGAAAUCACAGCCAACGUAGCCAACCAGUACCAGGAAGAUACCAGGAAUAAAAUGCGCUGGAAAUUAUACUGUCACCCGCCCAGCUGAAGAAGAAUCCAAAAAGCAUCCUAGCACCCCAUGGAGCACCAGCCACGGCACCGCCCUUCGUUAAUUUGAAACCCAAGGCUUUCGUCAAGUACAACAUUAGCGAGUUUUGGUAGAAGAAUAACAAGAAGAGAUUCCCAAAGUGACAUAUGACCAGACUGAUAAACGGCACCGAUGUUAAUAUCUGCCGCAGCGGUGUUUGCUUCCACGUGGGUUUUUCUGCGCGCACUAUUCCCGCUUGCGCUCUACAAAAACUAAUACCCGGAUGCUCGGCGGGUGAAUCGUAGGCGAACAUUGCCCACACGCAAACCCACACCAACAUCAGUAGGGACGGUAUGUACCAGCCACACUCCCAGUUUAUGUUCUCCGCGAUGCCGGCUAUCAUGGGAUAUGUGAGGAUAGUGCCGAAAGUGCCACCGAGGAGGGACCAAAUGAAGCGUGCCCGCUCGUGCGGCGGUGCCCAUUUAGCUACCAUGGUGUGGCACGCGGGGAAAAUGACACCACCAGUGAUCCCGAUGAUGAUCCGCGAGAUCAUUAAUAAUCCCCAAUGCCACUGUGCAAUGAGCGGGCUCACCAGCGAUAUCAGCGCGGCCAGAAGCGACGUCCAAAGGACCGCGUGUCGCGGUCCAUAUCUCAAGGCUAACCAGCCGCCGAUGAAGUUGCCAGGGUUUAACUUAUGUCUUCGGCAUCAUGGGACAUCCUGUAAUUGAUCUGGCUCUGAGCAUGCAAGCUGUUGGUUUACAAUAUCUGGGUUUUCGGAAUGAGCAAGCCGCUUGUUAUGCCGCCCAGGCUUAUGGAUAUUUAACGAGAAAACCCGCAAUAGUGUUAUGCGUCUCCGGUCCGGGAUUGCUACAUGUUAUUGGUGGUAUGGCAAAUGCACAAAUAAAUUAUUGGCCUGUGCUCGUAUUAGGCGGAUCUUGUCCGGAGGAUCACGAGGGGAUCGGCGGAUUUCAAGAAUGGCCUCAGGUCGAGGCGAGCAGACCUUACUGUAAAUAUGCCGCAAGACCACCAUCGGCCGCACUAAUACCAAUGCAUGUUGAAAAAGCUGUGCGGUUCGCUACUUACGGCAGACCAGGUGCUGUUUAUCUCGAUUUACCCGCUACAUUAUUAACGCAAAGUGCAGAUGAAAACAAAAUAUUUAAGGCUUUACCUUGCUUGCCACCGCCGUUAAUCUACCCUGAUGCGAAAUUAAUCGAGCGAGCGGCGAAUUUAUUGAUAAGAGCGAAGAAGCCUUUGGUGAUAGUCGGUAAAGGUGCAGCUUACGGUCGAGCUGAAGAUCCAGUGAGAGAAUUUAUCUAUUCGACGAAUGUACCCUUUUUGCCAACACCGAUGGGAAAAGGUGUUGUACCAGAUACGGAUGAGCGUUGUGUUUCCAGCGCGCGGACAUCUGCCUUGCUACAAUCCGAUGUGAUUUUAUUGUUAGGCGCAAGAUUAAAUUGGAUGUUGCACUUUGGACGACCACCUAGAUUUCAAAGCGACGUUAAAAUCAUACAGAUCGAUUUGUGCGCCGAAGAGCUGCACAAUUCGGUGCCUUCCGCCGUCGCGAUACAAUCGGACAUUGCGCCCGCAACGGAAUAUUUGUUGAACGUGUUGAAAAGUCGAAAAUGGCACGUCGACCGAAACGAUUCGUGGUGGAAGGACCUUGCGGCGAAAACUGAGAAGAAUAAGCAAUUAGUUCACCACAUGUCAUUGGAUACAAGUGUGCCUCUGAAUUAUUAUACCGUUUUUAAACAUAUUCAAGAUGUCAUACCGAACGAUUGUAUCAUUUGUUCCGAAGGAGCUAAUACAAUGGACAUCGGACGAACUAUUCUCUUAAACGAUUUACCUCGCCAUAGAUUGGACGCCGGAACAUUCGGUACUAUGGGUGUAGGACUUGGAUUUGCAAUCGCGGCUGCCCUUUAUUGUAAAGACAAUGCACCAAAAAAGAGAGUGAUCUGUGUGGAAGGGGACAGCGCUUUCGGAUUCUCCGGAAUGGAAAUUGAGACUAUGUUUCGAUAUAAAUUACCGGUGAUUAUUAUAAUCGUAAAUAAUAACGGUAUAUACGGUGGUUUCGAUAGCGAAACUUUCAGACAGUUGCAGGCAUCUGGAGAUCCUACGCAAGUGACGCCUCCAUAUUCUUUAACAUCUGAAACUCAUUAUGAGAAAAUGAUGGAAAUGUUUGGUAAGAAAGGAUAUUUUUGCACUACUGUGGAACAAAUUCAGCAAGCACUAAAGCUAACCCUCAAGGUAAAAGACAGUCCUAGUCUAAUAAACAUUAUGAUCAACCCGCAAGCAGAUCGCAAGCAACAAGAAUUCAGUUGGUUAACAGAAUCAAAAUUAUAAGAUUGCAAAAUAUGUUAUUAGAUAAUUACCAUAUUUACUAUACUACUCACUCUCUUUUUGAAGAAUUACAUUUAUAGGUUACUUAUUGAUAUGGUUAAAAAUAACGAGUGCAGGAUUUUUUGGGGCUAUAAAUUCUGUGCAUUGGAACCAUAUUUUUUAGAUAUUGUACUUUUUACAAUUCAAAAAUGCGAAGCUUCUCAAACAAUUAGUCUGUAAUAAAAGACUAAUCACACACACAAGAUAUCUGACAUCUUAGUUUGAUAUAAUGAUAAAAAGAUAUAAUGUUUAGAAGAUAUGUAAUUAUAGUGCAAAGAAUUUAAUAGAGUUCCAUAUGGUUCGUCAGUUAUAUAUAAAUACAAGAACAAUUAAUUAAUAUUAUUAAGUAAAAUAA